AUGUCCCCAUGUCCCCAGGGCGCAGCCGUGGUCCCUCAGCGAGGAGCAGCAGCAGCGCUGGGCGCGGAUCCUGGCCCGGCACGCGGCGGCGGCCGCCCGGACGCUCACCCGGCUCUUCCUGGUGCAGAGCGUGCCCGAGUCCCUCAAGUUCGCCUUCCUGUUCUACCUGCUGACCUACGUGGGGGCCGCCUGCAACGGGGUGACACUGCUGGCAGCGGGUGUCGUCAGCGCCUUCACCUUCCCCGUGCUCUACCGGCGCCACCAGGCCCAGAUCGAUCAAUACCUGAGCCUGGCCCGGGGCCACCUGAGCCAGCUGCGAGCCAGGGUCCUGGCCAAGCUGCCAAGUGCCAAAGUGAAGCCGCAGUGACACCGCUGUCCCGCUGUCCCCGCCCCGAGGUGACAAUGAGGAGGGGGGCGUGGCCACGGGGAGGAGGCCACGCCCCAUUCGCGUCCUUUUAAUUUAAAAUUAAUUUAAUUUAGUUUUAUUUUAUUUCAUUCUUGUCCUUCCAGUUUAAUAAAAACUCUUGUGACAAA